UUUGCAGCUUCCUGGGCACGGUUUACGGUGGUUGAUUCUGAUUGGCUGUGGCUGGGGGUUCUGUUUGCUUCCCGGUAACGCGGAGGGUUAUGGGGCAGGCCCCGGGAAGUACGGACCGGUGUGUGGGGCUGGGUAGCGAAGUGCCCCAAUGGUCUGUGAGUAGGGAAUUUGUGAAGGUGAAAGGAAAAGAUCAAAGGUGAAUCCUAUCCUGGUGACACGAUGUGCCCUUGUGUCUUGAGCCUGAAGGGAGACCAUCUCUGUACAACAAAGGAUUAGAGAGAUAAGCAAGUUCAGGUGAUAUUUCAGCCCCCAUGAGUCUAUGGUGAGGAAGCGCGGAGUGGGAGAAUGUUGCAUCACCAUUGCCGCAGAAAUCCUGAGCUACAGGAGGAACUGCGGAUCCAGGCAGCCGUGGCAGCAGGAGAUGUACACACAGUGCGUGCAAUGCUCGAGCAGGGAUACUCUCCAAAUGGCCGUGAUGCCAAUGGGUGGACCUUGCUUCACUUCUCGGCGGCCCGAGGAAAAGAGAGAUGUGUGCGAGUUUUCCUGGAACAUGGCGCGGAUCCCACUGUGAAGGAUUUGAUUGGUGGAUUCACGGCGCUACAUUAUGCUGCCAUGCACGGGCGAGCUCGAAUUGCACGUCUAAUGCUGGAGUCGGAGUACCGGAGCGACAUUAUUAAUGCCAAAAGCAAUGACGGCUGGACACCUCUGCAUGUGGCUGCCCAUUACGGCAGGGACUCUUUUGUCAGACUUCUCCUAGAAUUUAAGGCGGAAGUUGAUCCCCUCAGCGACAAGGGUACAACCCCUCUGCAGCUCGCCAUCAUUAGGGAGCGUUCCAGUUGUGUCAAGAUCCUCUUAGACCACAAUGCCAAUAUUGACAUCCAAAACGGGUUCUUGCUGCGCUAUGCAGUGAUUAAAAGUAACCAUUCUUAUUGUCGUAUGUUCCUACAGAGGGGAGCUGAUACGAACUUAGGGAGACUGGAGGAUGGGCAGACCCCCCUCCAUCUCUCAGCCUUGCGGGACGAUGUCCUCUGUGCUCGUAUGUUGUACAAUUAUGGGGCAGACACAAACACUAGGAACUAUGAAGGCCAAACUCCACUGGCCGUGUCCUUAAGCAUUUCUGGAUCAAGCCGCCCCUGUUUGGAUUUCCUACAGGAUGUAAGAAGGCAACCCCGGUUUCUCCAAGAUUUGUGUCGGAUUAAAAUUCGCCAUUGUAUAGGACUGCAGAACCUCAAGCUAUUAGAUGAACUUCCCAUUGCCAGGGUCAUGAAAGACUACUUGAAACACAAAUUUGAUGAUAUCUGAGUGUUUGGGUUUUUUCCACAGCAGAAGAGACACCGAGACUACUUCUAGGUGUGCUAUUCCAGAAUGUUGAGGGACGCUAUUAACUUGCACAAAGUAUAUCCUAUGCAAUUUCUGAUGAAAGAUGGUGUCAGAAGGCAGAUAUACACACUUUUUGUUUUAAUAUAUUUUUUUCGCCUAUUAUGUUGUGUGAUAGAAAAGUCUUAACAUUUUGCAGGAUGUUUUUUGUUUCAAGUUUGGAGGUCCAUGCUUUCAAUUUCACAUCAAUAAAAUAUUCACAGGAUUUUUUGUUAAGGGUUCUGAGGAGAGAGAUUGUGAAGGCUGAGUUAUCCCCCUCUUCAAAUUGCCUUAGCACAUGUGAAUGUAGGUGCUAUCUUGGCAGCCCAGUUUUCUCCAAAUCUAGGUCCAAAUGUUGUAAAUUAUUCGUAAAUUAAAUUAAUUUCUUCCCCUGCUGAUUAUGAGCCCUUUAAUGCCUUCUUGUAGAAAAGGCUUAAGGUACAAAGUGUUCUCAGUGCUAUUUUUUAGUGCAGGGGACAUUUUGUAGCCACUAAAUCCCUGCACAACAAAAUUAUUUCUAAUCUAUUUUCUUUAUGUAAGAGGACGCAGAACAAAUCAGUUUAUGGAACCAAAAUAACUUGGUUGCUACUUAUUUGCUUCUUUUCCUCCCAUGCAGCAAUGUUUUGUAACGAGUCUUUUAGGCAGCUUUAUGUUUGCAGUUUAAACAUAGAUUUAAAUUUUUUUUUUCUCUCCUCCGCUGUGUGACUUGUUUCCUUUCAUGUGAAUGGUGCUAUGGUGUCUUAUUUAUAUACAUAAAUAAUAAAAGUCACAUUUUGAGAAAAUCAAUAA